AUGAAGCUGAAGCAAUUAGAAGGCUUGUUGGGUGAUCUUCAACAAUUCUCCAAUCCUAAAGUGGAAUUGGAGCAAUACCCAACUGGUCCUCACAUUGCUUCUCGCAUGCUUUUCACUGCAGAGAAUUCAUAUGGAGACAUAAGCGAUAAAGUCGUUGCGGAUUUUGGUUGUGGCUGUGGUACUUUAAGUGCUGCUGCUGCUCUUUUAGAUGCAUCGUAUGUGAUGGGAUUCGAUAUCGACCCACAAUCUCUUGAAACAGCAACACUAAAUGCAGAGGAACUUGAGGUGGAGAUAGAUUUCGUUCAGUGUGACAUUACAAACUUAGAGUUAAAAGGCCAGAUUGUGGAUACUGCUGUAAUGAACCCUCCAUUUGGGACAAGAAAGAAAGGAGCUGACAUGGAGUUUCUCUCUGCGGCAAUGAAGGUCGCCUCACAAGCAGUUUAUUCAUUGCAUAAGACAUCUACUAGAGAACACAUUAAAAGGGCGGCAUUGCGUGAUUUUAAUGCAAAAAGUGCGGAAGUUCUGUGUGAGCUCCAGUAUGACUUGCCAAAACUCUACAAGUUCCACAAGCGAAAAGAAGUUGAUAUUGCCGUCGAUCUGUGGCGUUUUGAGCCUAGACAGAACUAG